AAACAAUGACGUAGUUGACAUUGCAUGUACUUCCGCUCGACUCAGUGAGUCCCUAAACGCAACACGUCCACGAAGGCUAGACGUUUCUCUUCGCAGUUGAGCUCCUUCCUACCCAACAGAAUGAAUGUGGGUGUGGCACACAGUGAGGUGAACCCCAACACCCGGGUCAUGAACAGUCGAGGGAUCUGGCUGACCUAUGCGCUCGGUGUUGGAAUACUUCACAUUGUGCUCUUGAGCAUACCAUUCUUCAGUGUACAAGUGGUGUGGACUCUCACUAAUGUCAUCCACAACUUUGGAAUGUACGUGUUUAUGCAUGCAGUGAAAGGGACGCCCUUUGAGACCCCUGACCAGGGAAAGGCAAGACUUCUUACACACUGGGAACAGCUCGAUUAUGGCUUGCAGUUCACAUCUUCUAGAAAAUUCUUCACCAUUUCCCCAAUAAUCAUAUAUUUCCUGGCAAGUUUCUACACAAAAUAUGACACAACACAUUUCUUUAUAAACACUACGUCACUUUUAAGCGUGCUGAUCCCAAAACUACCACAACUGCACAGAGUGAGAAUCUUCGGGAUCAACAAAUACUAAUUGUGGUUUAUUCAUCGUGUAUUCUGUGUAACACGUGCAGUUAAUUACCAUAACUCCAUUGUCACUCAAAUCAGUCAGAAAACAUUUUUAAUGUGGAAACUUUUGGAGAGCGGAUGCAAUGUGCAUUUCUAACUUGCGUUACGAUAUGUUGUGGUCUGAUCGGGCCUGGGCUGGCCCAGGAAUCAGACUUUUUGUAUUUUUAUGUAUUUUUCUUCUGAUCCUUCUCCAUUGAUUUUGUGAAUUUACAGCUGUACAAAGAAAGCAACAGUUUUAUGGUUUAUUGUAACUGAGAAAAAUAGAGAAAAAGCACAAAUCCAGAAAAAAAAUGAAAUAAGUGAACAUUUUAUAUUUUCUUGUGGAUAAUAAUAAUAAUAAUGCAAA